UUUAAAUCUAAGAUGGAUUUUGAUUUUAACUUGUCAGACGUACUGAACGCUAACUCUCAAGGAAUAGUCAUCCUUGAUGGAGUAAACAGCAUGAGAAAGGGAGCCCAGCAUUAUUCAGCAGGAGUCAAAGUGGACCCACACCAGAAAUUGUUGAAUGAAGUAAUAGAUAUUGUGGGAGAAAGCAGCUCAACAGCACAAAAGUUACCAUCACCAGUUACAAAUGCGAUAAAGUUUUUCGGAAGUGAGGAUAAACUAUACUUGAUCGUUGAUCAAUUCAAAGCCAUUGGUAUGCUCAAAAUUGGAUAUAAGAAACUUUUUGUGAGGGAUGAAAUAGGCAAUAUGAAGGAAAUACAACCUCUCUGCAUCCUUGACUUUUAUGUUCACGAAAGUCAUCAGAGGGAAGGAUAUGGAAAGUAUCUGUUUCAAUAUAUGCUUGAUGAAGAGAAAGUAGAGCCUCAUAAAAUUGCUUACGACAGACCAUCUAAUAUGUUCCUCAAGUUUCUGAAAAAGCACUAUGGGCUUAUUAAUUAUGUCCCUCAGCCAAAUAAUUUUGUGGUUUUUAGUAAUUACUUUGCUAAUGAUAAAACUUAUAAGACGUAUAUAAAGGAUCCAAUUAAGCCAAGAUCUGCUGCUACUCAUCCAAAAGAGAUGGCCUCUAAAGUAAACUCUCAGAGCUAUGCACCAGCUCCUGUAGGUUUUGCCGCUCAAGGAAUGUCACAGCCUAAAGCAGAGCAAUUCCCCUCAUACAAAGAUGUUUUAAAGAUGAGACAAGAAUCUCGUGAGGAAGAAUUCGACCCUAUAAAUGCUCCGCUAUAUCCUACAGGCACCGGAUUUGAAGACGAGAAGGAAAAUUAUUACAAGAAGCCUGCUCCUCCAAAGCAGAGCUAUGAGGCAAUGCCAAGAGAAGAGUCAAGAGAUAGCAAGAAAGUCAGUUUUGCUGAUGCUCCUCAAUAUUAUGAAGCUAACAACAAGGAAGACUCUGAUUUCUACCAAGCAAAUCCUGAUAAUUCUGCCCCAAGAGAUGGACCAUUGGCUGAGCACUAUGCUUAUAACAACUAUGAUGGAUACCAAGCUCCAGCAGGUAGGAGCUAUAUGGACCCUGAAAUUGAAAAAUAACCAAUAUGAAAGGAAAUUCAAUAGGACAACCUCUAAUUUCGAGACUAAAGAGACAGUACAGGAUGUAUUUGCUCAUCCUGACUCAGAAGGACCUCUUACCGGCACUGGAGAGACUACCAAAGAAAAGAUUCCUGUUGAGUACGAUAUUAAAAAGACAGAGAGGAGGAUCCAAGAUACUGAGAAUGAACUAAAAAAGUGACAAGAUCGAAUCGCACAGAUACAACUUCAAAGUGAUAAGUUGUCUAAAACUAGUCAGAGCUUCAACAGAUCUGACAAAUUUAUGAAGGAGGAUAAAAAGAUUUAUUCCACAGAAAAAGAUGUCAUUAAACCAGCCCCUAAUUCGAGUGGGUAUAACAAAAGGUUCGGAUACGCUACUGUCUAUGAUAAUAAAUUCAAAAAUAUUGCCAAAGAUCCUUCUGUAUUGGAAAAGAGGGAAUCCACUUUAAGUCUUGCAGGGUCUAAACUAUUAGCCCAGAAUCCAAAUAUGAAUGUAUACAAGCACCAAGAAUUAUUGAGAACUACUCCUUUCGGAGCAAGCACUUCAGGGAAUGGUGCUUACUCCAAGAUUACUUCUUCCAGUACUUAUGGCCAUUUCUUUGACAAGAAGAGAGCUUAAUUCAAAGUUCAAUAAA